CCGAAAGUGCCGCAGCGGCGGCUCCGCUCCGCUCCCGCCGGUGGCGCCCCCGGCCCGGCCCGUCCCCCCUCGCCCCGUCCCCCCGCCACGACCCCUCCGGGCGCCCCCUUCGCCGCCCCGGCCCGUGCCCCGGCCCAGCGAUGCCGCCGGGGCCGCGCUGAGCGCCGGCAGCUGCCGCCAUGGACGCGCCGGGCCCGGGACCCGCCGGUUCCCCCCCAAGCGCCGGCGCGGCCGAGGCCUCGGAGCCCCCCGCGGACGGGCCGGGGCCCGGGGCCGGCGAGGACGGGCGGCUGAGGCCCGGAGCCAAGCGGGUGACGUUCCCGAGCGACGAGGACAUCGUGUCCGGCGCCGUGGAGCCCAAAGACCCCUGGAGACACGCCCAGAACGUGACUGUGGAGGAAAUCCUGAGCUCCUACAGACAGGCCUGCCAGAAGCUCAACUGCAAGCAGAUCCCCAAAGUCCUCAAGCAGAUCCAGGAGCUGAAGGACCUGGCUCCCAGGAUUGACUGCUUAGAUCUGAAAGGGGAGAAGCUGGAUUACAAAGCCUGUGAGGCUCUGGAGGAGAUUUUCAAGAGGAUCCAGUUCAAAACAGUGGAUCUGGAGCAAACGAGCUUGGACGAGGACGGGGCCUCGGCCUUGUUCGACAUGAUCGAGUAUUACGAGUCGGCCACACACCUCAACAUCUCCUUCAACAAGCACAUCGGCACCAGGGGCUGGCAGGCGGCUGCACACAUGAUGAGGAAGACCAACUGCCUGCAGUACCUGGAUGCCAGGAACACCCCUUUGCUGGACCACUCAGCUCCCUUUGUGGCUCGUGCCCUUCGGAUCAGCAGCAGCCUGGUGGUCCUGCACCUGGAGAACACCAGCCUCUCAGGAAGACCCCUCAUGCUGCUGGCCACGGCUCUGAAGAUGAACAUGAACCUGAGGGAGCUGUAUUUGGCUGACAACAAGCUGAAUGGGCUCCAGGACUCAGCUCAGCUGGGCAACCUGCUCAAGUUCAACUGCUACAUCCAGAUCCUUGACCUGAGGAACAACCACAUCUUGGAUUCAGGCUUGGCUUAUCUCUGUGAAGGGCUGAAGGAGCAGAGGAAAGGGUUGGUCACCCUGGUGCUGUGGAACAACCAACUGACUCACACUGGCAUGGCCUACCUGGGGAUGACACUGCCUCACACCCAGAGCCUGGAGACCCUGAACCUCGGCCACAACCCCAUUGGCAACGAAGGAAUCCGCAACCUGAAGAACGGGCUGAUCGGGAACCGCUCGGUGCUGCGCCUGGGCCUGGCCUCGUCCCGCCUCACCUGCGAAGGAGCCGUGGCUGUGGCCGAGUUCAUCGCCGAGAGCCCGCGGCUGCUGCGCCUGGACCUGCGGGAGAACGAGAUCAAGACGGGCGGCCUCAUGGCGCUGUCCCUGGCCCUCAGGGUCAACCACUCCCUGCUGCGCCUCGACCUGGACAGAGAGCCCAAGAAGGAGUCGGUGAAGAGCUUCAUCGAGACCCAGCGGAGCCUCUUGGCCGAGAUCCAGAACGGCUGCAAGCGCAACUUCGUCCUGGCCAGGGAGCGGGAGGAGAAGGAGCAGCAGCUGCAGCACUCGGCCUCCAUGGCUGAAAUCCCCCUGCCAGAGCCUGCAGAGGGGGAUCCCCCCGAGGCUGCUGCUGCUGGGGACCCCACAACCACAACCACAGCCCCAGCCCCGGGAGCCACAGACACCCCGACGGCCUCGGAGAACGGGGACACGGCGCUGGAGGAGGAGGAGGAGGAGGAGGAGGAGGAUGAGGAUGGUGACAGAGGGGAUGGGACUGAUUCAGACACAGAUGAGGAGGUGGAUGGUGCCUCAGACACAAAGGACUGGAACCAGAGACCCCAGCACCCUCCUGACCCCACAGCACCCAUGCUGGAUGAGACACCACGACACCUUCCUCCUCCUCCUCCUCCUCCUCCUCCUCUCCCCAGCUCCCAGGAAACCCAACCUCCAGCCUCCCAGGGCAAAGAGAGAAGGAUUUCAGUUUCCAGCCCUGGCAGAGGCCAUAAAAUCUUCGUGGUGACCAGGGUGGAGAGUUUCCCAGAGGCAGCGAGUCCCGGCAGCGCCGCGCAGGAUGAGGCCGAAGGCGCCAAAGCCCAGCUGGCUCCUCCUCAGGCCAAUGGAGCUGUGGCUGGAGCCUCUGCUGGGGCUGAGCUGGGGCUGGGGAGGGGUCCCUGGGAGACCCUGAGCCACGACAGUUCCCUCCCCAACGGCCUCAAGACGGAUUUUGCCCGAGCGCUGCCGGAGCCGGACGGAGACGGGAAGAUGGGAGCGUGCGGUGCUGAGCGUGAGCUGAGCUGCUCCAGCGAGCAGGAGCUGGAGGAGCUGCUGCUGGAGGCGAGUCAGGACACGGGGCAGGAGCUGCCGUGAGCUCAG